CGGUGCCGGACCGAAUGAGAUCGGGAGGAGCGCAACCACGUUUGCUCCCCAGCUCAAACCGUAACACCGACGCCCCCCCUCCCCCGCGAUGAUACCGCGCGUGCCGCCGUACCGCCGCCAACCGGCGCACCUCGUUCUCACCGACGCCGUUGCUGCGUGGCACCCCUUCCACAAGAAGCCCUGCCUCUCCGACCGCUCCACUGCCCCCCCCUCUGCUCACCACGCUGACGCAGCCGCCGUGGAAACCACGACUCCUCCCUCCGCAGCUGGUAGCGGAGGAUCAUUCCGGUUGCUUGGGCUCCGCAAGCGCCGGCGCCGCGGAGGAAUCUCGCGGUCGGUCUCAGGUCGCAGCAGCGACCGUCGGAGAUCCGGCACGUGCUCCGACUUCCAUGUAACGUGCGGUCCAGGUGGUGGCGGCGCAACGGACUCCAGCGGCGAGAUGUGGGCAUCGGAUGUUGGGGAGUUGCGGGCGAGAGACGUUCCUAUGGCGCUGGAGUUCGCAUCGGCACACGUUGGUCUGGCUGGAUCGGGGGCAGGUGGGACGGCCGCCGUGGUUGAGCUGGCAUCGGCUGAGUCCGGCUACGGCAGCGAGCCUGGCUACCGUGGAGAUGUUGAGCUUGGUUACGGGGAUGAGAUAGACGAAGAGGAGGAGGACGGGAGGCAGCAGUUGUUCUUCUGGGGCGGUGAGAUCGGAGAUUGCAUCACAGAUAUGGAUAAGAUGGUCAUUGUUGGUGAUAGUAAUUUUGGGGAGCAGAAGAGUCACCACCGUUGCAGACGCAAGAAGAAUGAUGUGAGGAUGUUGGAUGCUUUGAGAUGAAAAGGUUAAUGAGACAGAGGAUCAAGACGUAUACAAUUAGAAAGGAGAUGAUGAGCAUUAUAUACUACUCCCUGCGAUCCAACGUAAGUGUCGCGGUUAGGUUCAAUCUUAGUUCAAAAUAGCAACACUUAUUAUGAAUUGGACGAAGUAUCAUACCGAUACAUAUGCCACAACGUACUUGUACUCAGUUAAUCAUGUAUUGUGCACUAGAAGAUCUUGAAAAACAAUUUUGUGAACAAAAGUUAAGUAGUAACCUUAUAUUUGUAUGCAUAUUAGAAACAAGAUUUAUAAUCUUUAUUUCGAGUUGUAAAUAAAUUAUUUUAGCCAUCCAGUUUCGGUAUGAUCAUACAUUGAUGAAACUGAAAAUUCUUCUAGCCAUCCAGUUUCGGCAACGCGCGGGCAUUAAACUAGUCAAAAAUUAAAAUCAAUAAAUCAAAAAAAAA